AUGCCGAGGAUGCGUAACAAUCCCAACUUCAAUGUUUGUCCAGACUACGCGUCGGAUGGUUUUGCCGAUACUCGAGCUCAACUCAUCAGUGAUGAGGUUACUGAAGAACAGGCAAUACAACUACUCAAGAACAUCUGGGAGGCGAAUAACAAUGUAGACAAGGUAGCCUGGCAAUGCCAAGUAGCAGAAGAUAGAGAAGAGCGCGCUCACCGCGAACAACUUGAAGAGGAGGAGCAAGAGAGAAUCGAACAAGCGCGAAUUCAAGAAGAAGAGGCCGCUCGCAAGGAAGAUAGGAAGAAGAAUAAGCACAAGUUCACGCCAAUUCUCAAUACAGGAAUACUGGAUGACCCAGCUACCACACCAUGCUCCUACGCGCUUAGGAAAAUAGAAAAAGGAGAGUAUGUUGAAAUAUGGUAUUUCACUAAUGACGGCCUGGAUGAAGCCAAUCUAAAGAAAACAGUGGACGAUGACGCCAUGAUCAUGUCCACUCUGGCAGACACAAUGGGCAAAGCAGACUGGCCAGAGGACAGGGUCAGAAUGAUGGCCAAGUUCUGGAGGAACAUCCAGGUUCACGAGUAUCGGUCCAUGCGGAACCCGAUAGGGCAGAAGGCCCUGCUGGCCUACCAGGCAGAGCAACGCAGACGUUGGCAUGUCGCGGUAAAGACGUCUGUGGGUCCCUACGACCUAUCUAUCAUCAACAAGAAAGUUCUACAAGAGACAAGAGAGAGGGUUUACUGGGAUGAACACGACAAGAGAGACAACGCUAGGAACUACAAGGCUUGA